UUUCUUCUUCUCCACCUUGUUUUCUUUCGCUGCAGACUCCACACCGUCGUGUUCGUGAACCAGAGAUCCAGAGUCGCCGAGCGAGCUCGACAGUCAAGCGAAAAUGGUGCAGCGUCUGACCUACCGCAAGCGCCAUAGCUACGCCACCAAGUCCAACCAGCACCGCAUCGUCAAAACCCCAGGAGGGAAGUUGGUGUACCAGACCACCAAGAAGAGAGCCAGCGGUCCGAAAUGCCCCGUCACUGGCAAGAGAAUCCAAGGGAUUCCUCACUUGAGACCCACUGAAUACAAGCGCUCUAGAUUGUCUAGGAAUCGCCGGACUGUGAACCGUGCAUAUGGAGGCGUGCUUUCUGGAGGUGCUGUUAGGGAGAGGAUCAUUCGAGCAUUCCUUGUGGAAGAGCAAAAGAUUGUGAAGAAGGUUUUGAAGAUCCAAAAGGCCAAGGAAAAGGCUGCCUCCAAGAGCUAAAUGAGUGGAUGAUAAUUCGAAAAGCAUUUUGAACCAUUUUUAGAUAUUGCUGAGUGAAAUUUUGACUUCUAUUUGAGUCGGUUAUUCAAAUCUCGAACUAAUUAGUUAAUGUUUUUUUACUGUACUUUGUUCCCGACUUUGUUUAGCUGGUUACUUAGUUCAAUUUGCAGACAUAACAAUCAUUCCCUUAAUAGUUGGCAUUAUCGUGAAAUUAUCUCUUGUAUGA